GGACUCGUGAGUUUUUAUUGAGGAGGGUUGACUUCACUCUAGAGUCUGACAAAAACACGCGUGGAACGCACAGUCAUGUUGCAGCGCAGCAUUUUCCACACAGCUCUUAAACACUUUUUCACAGGGGGUCCAGAGACCCGCAGAAGUCUGCCAUGCGGGCUCCUCUGUGCGUUUCGGUGGGGACCCGGGCUCUUCUGGCACAGGAGCAAAUCAAGUCUCCCAGAUGUAAGGGAGCGGACUCUCGUUGCCAUAAAGCCAGACGGAGUUCAGCGUCGUCUUGUUGGACAGAUAAUCCAGCGGUUCGAGCAGCGAGGUUUCAAGUUGGUGGGCCUGAAGAUGCUGCGUCUCAGGAUGUCCUGUCUGAGCACUACUGUAACCUGAGGACGAAGCCUUUUUAUAACAGUCUAGUGCGUUACAUGACCUCAGGACCUCUGGUUGUGAUGGUAUGGGAAGGGCACAAUGUUGUUCAGACAUCGCGGACUAUGGUGGGACACACUAAUCCAGCUCAGGCCCAGGCAGGGACUGUCAGAGGGGAUUUCAGCAUUCAUGUCAGCAGGAACGUGAUCCAUGCCAGCGAUUCAGUGGAGGGCGCUGAGAAGGAGAUCCAGCUGUGGUUUCAAGCCAAAGACCUUUUGGACUGGAACUGCUGGGACCAGAUUAGCACUGGCGAGCUGUGAAUCGAAGGAAGUGACAAUUAGAUUUACUGCCUCUUUUCCUGCUGCUCAGUGGUCUGUCACUUCAGAUAUUGUGACCAAAGGUGACUGAAAACAUGAGCCAUAUUCAGUGAUCUAUCUCAGUGAUUUACUUCAGAAAUGCACUCAAACUAAACUGUUGAUGUUGUGUAAGAUUUUUUAUGUGGAACAGCACGUUUUUUAAUCAUUUGUAAUUAACAUGUUUCUAACUAAUGGUUGAGUUACUUAAAGGUUUAAUAUGUAAAAUAGUAAACCACAAAGACCAUGAUUAUUAUUAAUAUUAUUAUAUUUUUGUUUUUAAAUGUUGAUAUUUGAACCUCUCCUCUACAAUCUAUCAUACAAAUUCUCUUUGUUAAAGCAAAUCUUUUCACACUCUAAAGUUACAACUUUUAUGUCCCUAUGUCCCAUUUAGUGUGUCGAUGUGUAUUUGGCAAGUUAUUUGGGAAAAAGCAAUUGAACUGCAGCCCACUUACAAAAUGCCCAAUACUGCUUUGUUUAUUGAGCAUGCCACUAAUGUCACAAGAAUGUCGCAUUUUAACCACUUUUUAUACAUCUGGCAAGAUUUGUUUUGAAGCCAUCAUUAUGUCAUGCACUAAACUUUA